AUGGCAAUACCUCCGGGCUCCACAAAAACUAUUGAUUAUGAAUUUGGACGCAUUGUCGAACUCAAAGAGAUCAAGCUUGACUCUAAAGCCCUGACUUUUCUCAAAGAUGCACAUAAAUCGCUGGGGUCAAAUGGGAUGCAAAACCUCCGAGGACCUAUGAAAAGAUCGCUCAUUCAUUACGCUGCAAUGGGUGAUUGUACCGAACUCCUACGGUACCUGCUGCUCAACGGUUCAGCAGUAGAUGAUCGAGAUCAGAACAAGCGGACUCCCCUCUCCUGGGCUGCAGAAUACAGUGCAUUGAAUACCGUGAAGGUUUUGUUGGCAAAUGGAGCAAAAAUAAAUUCGACUGAUGACAUGUAUACGACACCUCUAUCAUGGUUGAUACAAGCAGGCGGAAUCAACGCUCAAAAUGCGCUCACGAAAGCCUAUCUGGUAAGCAAGGGUGCAAAAGAGAGGGGGGCUAAGCGACGUUGGGUUCUGAAGAAAUUGGGCAUGUUUUAA